AAAUGUAAGUCGGCUACAAAUUUGUUGACGAGCUGUGGCAGGGAAUGAUUUUCCUGCAUAUAGUUUUUUUCCAUUCCAAUUUUAACAGUGGUUGUUCUUGUUUAUACUAUUAAUAACGGACUGGUGGCCGACAGCAGCAGCCCCGGCUGAGGAACAGAUUCUGCUGUCAUUGUGGGUUCUGGCUCUGGAGCAGGAACGAACAUUUGUCGUUGUGUCUUUGCAAAAAUAGCUCCGGAGAGACGGGGGCCUGGCUGUGCGGAGGGAUACAAUGGUUCUGCGGUCUGUGAAUGCUUCGGGAUGCAGCGGAGAAAUACGGGCAUGGAUCUGGUGUUCCACUGUUUUUUCACCCUCAAAGAGAAGAGACUGACGACUGAGCGGGUGGAGAUUGCUAUUCAUUUAAAUUCCCAGGCUCGGGCUUUCAGGUUUUACUUGCUUACAACUCAUUCCUGUAUUUCCUUCACACCACUGGAUUCCUAGUAGCCACUUUAAUGCCAUAAAUGACACGUCUUUAAGGUCGUCCUUGUUGGGAAGUUUUUCGAAGGGGUUUCGACCAGCAGAAGGCCAUGGCUGUCGAGGCUCGGCCGGAGCUGGUCGGAAAGCGGUUCCUCUGUGUCAGCGGGGACGAGCCGCCUGAAAACGGAGAUAUUGUUCGGUUGCCAUGGAGGUCCGGGGUAAUACGAGCCGUCAGCAACGGUGACAGCGCCAAUUCCGACCUGACGGUGUAUGUGGAGUUUGAUGACCUGGAGUGGGAGAAAAGGGAGUGGGUGAAGGUCUAUGAGGAUUUCCAGCUGUUCCUCCUGGAGCACCAGCUGGUCUGGGCAAAGAGAAAGGAUGGAGCAGCUGGAGGAGCAGGAGCUGGAGGCCUACUGCAGGGAUCCAAGACCAGACACAUACAGUGGCCUGCACUGGUGUUUAAGCCAUUGGUUGGGAAGAACCUGUUGUCUUCAAUAACAGCUGUGGAGUUCCUGUUGGACCGACAACGGGACUUUGUCUCCGAACAGACAGCCUGCCAACCGUACCAGGAUGAGGUGGACAAUCAGAACCCAGUGUUAAGAGACAAUCCUCAACUCCAUGAAGAAGUGAAAGGCUGGCUUAAAAACCAGAAGGUGCAGGAGAUUUUUAUGCAAGGACCUUACUCAUUGAAUGGCUACCGCGUGCGUGUGUACAGACAAGACUCGGCCACCCAGUGGUUCACUGGGAUCAUUACACACCACGACCUCUUCAGUAGAAACAUGGUUGUUAUGAAUGACCAGGUGCUAGAGCCUCAGAAUGUGGACCCAUCUAUGGUGCAGAUGACCUUUCUGGAUGAUGUAGUCCACUCUUUGCUAAAAGGAGAAAACAUUGGCAUCACGUCUAGGCGUAGGUCGCGAUCUAGCCAGAACAACUCUGCCCAUAUGACAGGAGGGAGACCCGUCGGGACCACUGGCAACUCUCAGAGUCAUUACACCCGAGCCCAGGCCAACAGCCCUCGUCCCAUUAUGAUGCCAUCAGGACCCAAUCCUAAGAGCUCACAGGGACCUCCGGCCUCUCAGCAGCAAAGUCAGUCGCAUCAACUCCAGCAGACAGUUGGCCAGUCUUACCACUCACCUGGUGGAAACGGUCGUGAACAAAGAGAUCUGCGCAACGCUCGCUCUUUCAGGAGAAAAGGAUCAGAUAGCAGUGUUCCAGAGGAGGACAAGGACAAGAUAGAAGAAACCACUGGGCGAGAAUCCAAGGCCAAGGUAAAACAAACUGCAAACAAACGUAGGAAAGGUGAAGAAGAUGACAAGAAAGCAGGUCUCAAGAGGCUGAAGGGUGACAUAACAUCAGAUCUGUCAGAGAGCAGUGACUCAGAAAACCCACACAAGAGGACCACCCACUUAUCAUCCUGCUCCUCCUCUUCAUCAUCCUCAUCAUCUUCUUCCUCCUCCUCUUCCUCCUCAGAGCCUAACUCUGAGAAUGAGCUAAAGACUCGCAGCAGUAAUGUGCUAAAAAGUGCCAUUUCCAAAAUGGAGGAUGAUGAGAAGCCAGUGUUAAAGGGACCCAAAAUGAGCGAUACCUCAACUCUCAUCAGGUGCAUAUCUCCGUGGGCGGAGCUUCAAUCAGCGGAGGACAUUAAGAAAGGUGCAUUAAAGGAAUCAGGUCAAACUCUAACAAAUGAAGAGGAGGAAUUAGUGGCACUGACUCAGAUCACCCGAUCUCCACUCCACCAAACAUCUCUUAUACCUGACAUGGCCCAAAGUGGAACCUUGGAGAACAGCAAGAACGCUGUUAAAGCAUCAUCUCCAUCCCAGACACCAUCACUGUCUCAUCUCCAUGGCAGCAGCGUGAUUGACAUCACAGAUGACGCCCAGGCAACUGUAGACCAGGAGAGUUCCGAGGCCGUGUCAGCACUGCUCGCCUCCCAGAAAGACGAGUCAGUUGCCCUCUCUCCGUACCUCCCCCUCAACUCUUCCCCCAUUUCCUCACCUCCUAUACCUACUUCCCCCUCCCCAUCAGAGGGAAGCCGCAGAAUGGACGUGGACUCAGUGAUGAAGCCCGCAGGAGUUAAAGGAGGCAGUGUUAAAUCACCCAAAAGUUUUAACAGCAAGUUAGAGUUUGCAACAACUGAGGGCCCGAGGCCUGCCCCAUCAAUAGCUGACAACAAGCCCCUGAUGGACAAGGAGAAAACUGUACUUUCUCAUCUUCAGCUUCACCAUCAUCAACAGCAGCAGCUGCAUGAGCAGCAACACACAUCUGUCCACCAUGGAGUUCCUCCACCUUUAGCUGAGGAAUCCAGAAAAACUCCACAGCAACAAAUACCCUUCAACAAGAGCACCCCCCCUGACUUGACCAAAUCCAAAGUCAGCCUUAGCUCCACACCCAGUACUGUUCAGCUCGACUCACUGAAACAGAAACCCCAGCCCCCAAACAGCUCUCACAACCAGCCAUAUCCCAGCACAAACCCUGCUGACCUUCUUAGAGCUAAGCCCCACCCAGCCCUCUUGGACAUUUCUAAACCAAAAACAAAUACUUCUCCUGAGGUCAGCAAACAUAAAGUCCUGAGGUACUCAGAUUCCUCCCCAUCUCCAAGUGGUUGUUUGCCCAUUAAAGUAGACUUAGCAGAACCUCCUCGCUCUGGCUUCAAACCAGUGCCCUUGCGGGCUGGGGUGGGUGGAGUCAGUACAAGCAGAAGCACCAAGAGUCCGCUGGUCUAUGACAAGAACGAAACUUUCACUGUUUACAGGGACCCUGCACUAGUUCGCUCUGACACAGAGAACUCUGUCACUCAAACUAAUUCACCUAACCAAAUGACAGCCUAUCUUCAUCCCCACCUGCACACCUUGCACUCACCCUCUCCCCACUCCACCUGCCUAACAUCUGCAUCGCAUCCCCAUGGCACCUCUCACCUCCUCGCCCCUCCUCACUCCUCGCCCCUACCUCAUCCCCACCUUCUGCCCCCUGGAAUGCUCUCAGCUAUGCACCCCCCUCCGGGGACUCUCUUUGGGGGGCACCCUCGGCUGGACGCCCCGGGCAGUCUGAGUCACCUUGCCCUUCCUCAUCCAGCCACCACACAUCAGCAGCAGUUCUUACAGAGUCAUGGUGGGGCAGCAGGUCUUGGUUUAUACCCUAUCAUAUGGCCUUACCCUAAUGGAACACCACCACCCUACGCCCCAGGACUCAACCUGCCGUCAACCGCCAAAUGGGUCCACUCUGAAAAUCCCAUCACUGUGAAUUCUGAGGCAUCUCUAAGAAGGAACACUGCCAGUCCAUGGCUGCAUCAGGCUGCUGGUAGCUGCGGUGAAGGUCUUGGUUUACUGAACCACAUUCCAGUCAGGCCAGCCAGCGCUGACGCUCAUCACCCCUCUGCUAGGAUCAGUACACACACUAACCCAUCAAUGUCAAAGGCUGCCAUGGAUGUUCAUAAAGAAGAUGUGGAGAAGAAAGGCUUUGUGGAUCCCAUCAGGAAUUUGACAUUGGCUCAAAUAAAACAGGAUCAGACAGACCAAAGUCGUACCCCAACAGGAAAGGAUGUCCACCUGCACUGCCUUUACCUGGAUCCACACAGCAAGGCUCAUCUGACGAAUACACAGGAAGUACUUCAUGCAGCAGACCGAAGCAUUAAAUACAAAGAGGAGAACCGUCAGAUCCUGAAAGAGAGCAUUGAGGUUGCGCCUUUCACUGCUAAGAUACAGCGCCCCACUGAUCCUGGGCUGGACAGGGACAGAGAGAAAAGCAAAGAUCCAGCAUUCCCUGUCCGGAUACCAGCUCUUGCCUCUUCAAGCCCAAAGACCAGCCACCCUCACCCCCAUGUCAUCCAGUCAGAGAAAAGCGGCUACUUCACCAUACUCUCCAACAGUGUUGUGAAUGAACCUCCAAGACUGUACCCCUCCAAAGAGCAAAGUUCUUACUACGACAAAGUAUCACUUGGUGCUCCAGUUGUAGGGGUCAGCGUCGGGACGGGUGUUCAAAGCCAGGGAACUCAGUCUUUGGUCAGUUAUAGCUCCAAAGCUUCUCUCUCUAAGCCUCCUCCUCUCAUAAAGCACCAACCAGAGGGAGGAGAGGGUUUAUCAGGGAAAAUUACUGAGCAUCUCAGCCAGCAGGCUACUCUUAUUCAGCAUCAACAUCUCACAAGCAUGGACAGGAAGGAUCGUCACAGCCCUGCCACCUCAAACACCUUCUCGAUGUCGACCUCCUUAUCCUCAGUCUCCAACCACCAUCAGCAACAGCAACACCAUCUCAGGGCGAUGCCAUCCCUUUACCGGGCUCCUGUCUACCAUCCGCCAAUACAGCUUUCCUUGGAACGCAAAGAGACGGCUGAACGCAAGAAGGAGAGGGAGAAAGGGGGCUAUGGUGGACGUCUGUCGCCUCCAACACUCACACCCAUCCAGCCGGUCAGCUUAGCAACAGCUGGCACCGCAACAUCAGUGGAGCAGCAGAAGCCCCCGACCCUGGUGCCAGAACUCAGGGAUGUCAAACUCCAUGGAGUCACAGCUGCUGUCACCUCAGUGGCCUCUGCUAUCAGUGGGAAUAAUAUGAACGAUGGAUUGCGAGGCAGGGAAAUGAUACAGGAAAGAGGAAGUCUGUUCUGUAGAAAAAAAGAGGUGUUUAGGGGUAAGCCUCAAGCAGCAGUGGCUUCUGUUAUUGUACGUCCAGCCACAUCACUUAAGUAUGAAAGUCCUGUUGGUGCUAACAAGUUUGGUGCUACAGUACAUAAGGAGGUUUCUGCAUCAUAUCCUUCGAAGCUCCCAGGAGAAUGUCCACGUAUGAGGGAGACUGCUCAGGAACCUGGAGGUGGCAGAGUUAUUCAACCCAUCUCAAACCUGGAGGACAUAUCUGCUCAGUACAAUAAAACCACCUCCAUGCAAAGCUCUCAGGGACCUGUAGGUCUCAGCACUACAAACUCUUUGUGCAGGUCCCCUGUUGUAUUCUCAUCAGUUGCUGAUGUGCAGAAUAAAAACCCAAAGUCAGGGUGUUCAGCUCGUGAUGAGUUCGGAGCAGCUAGAACUGGCAUCGGAGGCUGGCUGCCUAGCCUCUCUGGAACUGAGAGAAACAGCCAUGAAGGUGUUGACUCACGCUCCAUGUCACCAGGGCUGUCUUUGCCUCUGAGUAAUUCAGCAGAAACAGCCCUACAGGGUCAAAGCAUCAACCUAAUGUCUAGUCCCAUUUGUGACUCUAAUAAGACUUACUCUCCAUCUUUUGUACAUCUCAAAAAGCACAAGGCAGCCUUGGCUGCAGCCCAGUCGAAAACCAACCUCCCCGCUGCUCCUACAUCAAUGCCAACUGGAAACUCAUCCUUAACUUUGGAUCCAGUUGAAAAAAGUCCAGACUGCAGCUCUACCCCUCCACCAUGUUCUAGUGGAGCCUCUUCAGGUGAUAUUAGUAACACCAGCUCUGCAACUGGGAGCACAGCACCAGGCAAGUCCAGUCUGUUACCUAAUGGCCAGACCUCCGGGUCGGCCUUACUCGCUCAGCCCAGUAACUACCACAAGCUAAAGAAAGCCUGGUUAACCCGGCACUCUGAGGAGGACAAGACUGCUACCACAGCCUCCUUCAGCAUUAAAGCAGAGAAGCUGUUCACCACCAUGACUAGCACAUGCAACACUACAGCCAUGUCGGAUAUGAUCAAACCAUGUACAGUCAAUCUCAGUGCCUCCACGUCCAGUGAGAUUGAUUUGAACAAAGACAGCGGAAUCAAAAGUGAGCGAGACCGAAACCUGGAGGGUAGGAGCGCUGGGUCAACGGCAGCAGGAGGAGGUGGAGAAGAUAGGAAACCCGUUCAUUUCUCUAGGAGGGGGUGCAAACGCUCAUACGACUCUGGGUCAGAAAGUGGCGGAGAUGACUCUGAUACCAGUGAAAGCAAGAUUGAGGGCAGAGCAAAGCGCCAGUCUAAACCAACCUACAAGAAGAAACAGAAUGACAUGGCCAAAAAGAGAGGAGACCAUGAGAAGGAAGAAGAGGAUGUGAAGCCCAAUGGUAUCUUUAGAUCAGCCCGUGAGAAGACUAAGCUUAAACUUGCAAGCAGUAAUGGCAUCCCUCGUUCUGUGCUGAAGGACUGGAGGAAGGUGAAGAAGCUCAAACAGACGGGGGAGUCCUUCCUGCAGGAUGACUCAUGUUCAGAAAUUGGACCUAACCUUCAGAAGUGUCGGGAGUGCCGGGUUGUCCGCAGUAAAAAAGGAGAGGAGCCAGCACAUUCCCCCGUCUUUUGUCGUUUCUACUAUUUCAGACGGCUUUCCUACAGCAAAAAUGGAGUCAUUCGAAUGGACGGCUUCUCCAGCCCAGACCAGUUUGACGAUGAGGCCUUUGCAUUAUGGGUGCCUGGGCCUAUGGAGGAGAGCCACUUGGACCAAACCACUGCCAAGUACAUCCUCAGUUAUAUAGGAGAUAAGUUCUGUCAGAUGGUAAUGACAGAAAAUAUAGCCGCGAGCUGGAUCAAGAAGGAUGCCAAACUUGCAUGGAAGCGGGCAGUGAGAGGGGUUAGAGAAAUGUGUGACGCUUGUGAAGCAACACUCUUUAACAUCCACUGGGUCUGCCAGAAAUGUGGCUUUGUGGUCUGCCUUGACUGUUACAAGGCCAAGGAGCGAAGGAGUUGCAAAGAUAAAGAGCUGUAUGGCUGGUUGAAGUGUGUUAAAGGCCAACCCCAUGACCAUAAGCAUCUUAUGCCAACACAGAUUAUCCCUGGCAAAGUGUUGACAGAGUUGGUGACAUCCAUGCACUCCCUGAGAGACAAAAGCAACAUCAUGUUUCAGUGUGCCUGCUCUACCAAACAGAAUGUUCUCACCAAACUACCAGCAACCAACGGAGUCUCACAGGUUCUGCAAAAUGUGCUAAACCAUAGUAACAAGCUGUCACUGGUGAAAGCUGAGCAGGGCUCCCAGCAGAACCUGGAGGACGGAGGAGCCAAGGCAGAAACCAAUGGAGGGCACGGUGGGGGCAGCAGUCCUGGGAAUGACAGUGAAAGCACACCUGUCAUCCCACCUGAGUCUCAGUCACCUCUUCACUUCCUGGCUGACCUUGCAGAGCAGAAAUCUAGGGAUGAAAAGAAAGAAAACAAGCAGUCAUUGCUGCCAGGCAAACCAGUGAAGGAAGAGAAGGUUGGGGAGGAAGUCCUGCAGCAGUGUAAAAACACAUCGCUGGUGGCUAACAGUACAGAGCAGGGCUCCACACUCAGAGAUUUGCUCACCACCACAGCAGGAAAGCUCAAGCUGGGCUCUACUGAUGCAGGAAUUGCCUUUGCACCUGUUUAUUCUACCGCUGCGCAGACUGGAAAAGAUGGCCGAACCAUGCCAAAUAUCCUAGAUGACAUCAUUGCUUCAGUGGUGGAGAAUAAAAUCCCCCCCAGCCGCCAGAGCAUCACCACCAAGCUUUCAACAAAGCAAGAUUACAUGACCCCCAGCAACAACAGCAACCCUGCCCCUGUUGGUACAGAGGAUGUCAAAGCACAAAGAAAGAAAUCGGGUGCUCUGCCUGCAGCGAUGCCGGAGGACUCAACCAAUCAAUAUCCAGACAUUCCCCACUCUUGGUUAAAUAACAUACGGCUGCUGUGGCUUAAAGAUCAUCGCAACCAGAACAACUGGAAGUUGUUCAGAGAGUGCUGGGAACAAGGACAGCCUGUUUUGGUGUCUGGGAUCCAUAAGCGACUGAAUGUCAAUCUGUGGAAGGCUGACUCCUUUAACCAGGAGUUCGCAGACCAUCAGGGAGACCUCCUCAACUGCAAAGACCAAGUGGUGUCCAACUCUGGAAUAAAGGAGUUCUGGGAUGGAUUUGAGGACAUUAACAAGCGGCCAAAGUCCAAAGAUGGUGAACCCAUGGUUUACAGACUUAAAGACUGGCCGUCUGGAGAGGAGUUCAUGGCUCUGAUGCCUUCAAGGUACGAUGACUUGAUGAAGAACCUUCCAUUGCCAGAGUAUUCAGAUCCAGAAGGGAGCUUCAACCUGGCCUCACACCUACCAUCGUUCUUUGUCAGGCCUGAUCUUGGGCCAAGACUGUGUUGUGCAUAUGGCGUAGCUGCAUCUCAGGAUCAGGACUUUGGGACGGCCAACCUCCAUGUUGAAGUCUCAGAUGUGGUGUCUGUCCUGGUUUAUGUUGGAGUAGCGAAAGGGAAUGGAGUCCUUUCAAAAACUGGAGUGUUAAAGCGUCUUGAGGAGGAAGAUUUAGAUGAGGGUGUUCGACGGAGGCUGAAGGAUUCCAGUGAAACACCGGGAGCAUUAUGGCACAUCUACCUCAACAGAGACUUGGACAAAGUCCAAGAAUUUCUGCACAAGCUCUGUAAGGAGCAAGGUCUGGAUGUGUGUCUGGACCAAGACCCAAUCAGAGAGCAGGGAUGGUACCUAAGCAGGAAGCAGCGCCAACGACUCCUGGAUGAGCAUGGAGUUCAAGCCUGGACUGUUGUUCAGUUCCUGGGAGACUCUGUCCUUAUACCUGCAGGAGCAAUGCACCAGGUCCAGAAUCUGCAUAGCUGUGUCCAAGUCAUCAAUGACUUUGUGUCUCCUGAGCAUGUGGCCAGGUCCUUCCACCUUACACAGGAGCUGCGGGCCAACAAAGAGGAGGUCAACUAUGAGGAUAAGCUGCAGGUGAAGAAUAUCUUGUACCACUGCAUGAAGGAAGUGGUGAGCUCACUAAGGAGGAACAGCUCUGACAAAGAUCUCAAACAGAAUUCAUGACACCUAAUCAACCUUGGCCAUCCACAAAAAGCUCCAACUUUCAUCAGCCCUUAUCCACACCCUCCUCAUCAUGUGCUGACGGUGGUCUGCUCAAAAAUGGUCACAUUACCCAGAAGACAUUGCAGUGUCAAACCCAGAUGUGACACAAUCUAGUGGCCAGCCACAAACACAGCUGGGUCUGUCUCUUCUUGAGCCAACAGGAGACACAGGACCAGUGUCUGCUGGACUGAUCUGACCUAUGACACAGAACCCUGCUGGAGAAACACUGAACUUCUAAGUGUGAUCUUUGCUUCCUGCAUAGAUGCAGUGAGCUCAGUGUUGUAGACUGACCCAGAGGUGAUUGUGGAGCCAGUGAUGAGAGCCUCUGAGGUAUUAAGGUGGACUCUGAAUGCCAGCACACUUUAACUUGUCUAUAGUAGCAGACCACAACAUGUCUCGCAACAGAGAUUUUGCAGAUCUCAGCAGCAUCACCAGCAGCAUCACCAGCAAAAUUUUCAAUUUCAGAUGUUUUGACAUUGAGGACAAAAAAGGAGGCAAGAGAGCAACCAGGAAAGGCUUCAGUCAGUCAGCUGCCUCUAAUGUUUCCGUUAUUUUCUGACUUAUUUGUUCCACUCUUCUGUUUCUAGAUGUUACAGUCUACUAUGUGCUCUGUUCCUGGUUUCCUUUAUCAAACCAUGUGGUUUAUUUCCCCAGCAGAGGCUUUUCCAGCUCUGAUAAUGCAACUCUACGAGGAAGAAAUGAUUACUGUAAAUGUGAGCUGUAUAGUUGUUUUCUUUUACUGUGGUUUCAGUUAUGAUCUCUACUGUGAUGGAGGACACACAUUCACACACACUGGCUAAUGCCUGUCUUUCGGAAGUAUUGACAUUCUCCAGUCCUCAUGCCAUAAAUCUAUUUUCUGACAAUGAACUGCCAAACUAUUGUUCAGACUGUGUAAAGUUGUUUUUUGUAAAGAAGAAAAAACUACACAGCAGUUUAUGAAAACAAACUAAUUGCUGUAAAAUGUUGACAUUUACAACAAAAGAUGUAAUUUAUUUAAUAAAGGAAUUGUCUUGCUUUUGAUAAGGUUUACUAUUGUGAAAUUCUGAUGUUUUAAAGUUAAAAUAAUAAAGUUCACUAUAGAGUGUAAAUAUAUACAUAUAUACAUUAAGUGAUGUAUUUUUUUAAAAUGUGGGUUGCUUCAAUUAAAAAUUUUGAAGUGUUACAUACUUUGUACACUGAAGUUCAAAAAGGUUUUACAUUUUCCAUUAAAAUGGAUUUAUUCGA